CUAGUGGUUAGAGAAGUGAUGGCAAUUAGGAGGACCAUUUAUUUUGAUGAUCCUCCACUAUACCUUUAAGUUAAAUGUAAGUCAAGGUGGUGGUGUCCAAACGUUUCCCUACCAUAGACCCCCUAACAGUAUCAGAUGAUGGCCAGGGGCCAUCUUUUAGACUUUUAGAUUUUGUUUGUCACUUUUAGCAACUAUUCAACUAUAAAUUACCUGUGUACCAUAAUAGUAUCAACUAACAUGUUAUCAACAUUGUAUUAUAUUCCUAAUUAAUAAGAAACCAAAGAAAUCAAAUGUCUCUCAGUGUUUCUGUCAGAGUUAUAUUAAUGUAUUUUUCCACAUGUAGACAUGAGCCAUGCUUUAUCUUAAGUACCUUUAGAGUGUACAGCUAGUCUCAAACAAGUAGAUUAUUGCAAAAGGUAGAAGGUGGGAGAGUCCUUUCUCACAGAUGGUGUGCUUUUAUAGUUCAGUUUCGAAUCCUUAUUCCAUCUUAAUAUAUUAUUAUAAGCUGUACUUUGUCGUAAAUGUUUAAAGAUAAUUUAUAUAUAUAUUAUGAUAAUGAUACAAAUAAAUAGAUUUUAAUUUCCUUUUUAUUAUUUUCCAUCCAAUUCCCUGAGGUCCCUCAAGCAACCCCCUUAUGGUUGAUACGUUUUUCAAAUGUUGUCCCUAGAUGAACGUGAUACUGGCCUUUAUGUUCUAUUUGACAGCAGUGGUAUUGGCCCUGCUGCCGGCAGACGCCAUUUUUACCCAUUCCCUCACGUUGUUAAAACUGACCUCAGCUGAUACAAGUAAGGGCUGCAGUGCUUUAGAAAAUAGUUCAGGUUCAUUCUUCACCUGGAUAAGUUGCUGAUGAGUAAUUCUUGUAGGCCUGUGUGACCUACUUCCAUAUUUUCUCUGGUUGAACUGUAGUUUACAGGAAUUCCGAAGCCUUAGAUAUUGCUUUGUAUUCAUUUUUACAGAAAGGUGGAUGUUACUUAUUUUGUUUAACAUUUGUUGUUGAAUUCCCUUAAAUCAGGACCAGAUCAGUUGCUUAUUGUGAUCUUUUAGCCUCUGUAGCCUCCGUCAUGUUGUCAGAUUUCGUUUAAGUGAUUUAUUAAAUAUACAUGUCUGCCAGGUUUCAGGCCUUGUUGUGACUAAUGAAACUUGAUCAUUAGAAAUCGGUAAUGGAAAAAUAUGUAUGAGGAAUACACUUUAAGGCUUUAACACAUCUUUUCCAGUGGUGCCUGUGUAUUAUUGGCCCUACUCUGCAGAUUAACUUUUGUUUUACAAUUGAGACUAAUCUUUGUAACCAUUGUGGUUUUCGUUGUGGUCAGAGGAACACCGGCGCCCCUGUUUGUGGACUGGAGCCCACUAUUUGUCCUAAUAUUGUAUAACUAGUUAUUCUGCCAAUAUAAUAUUGUAUAACUGCUUUCGUUUCUCUGUGUUCCUCUAGUGUGUGUGCCCCCAAUACCUGCAUUAGGUUGUGAUGACCCACACUUCUUCCAAAUGUAUCUGUGACCCUCCCCAAUCCUGACUCCUAACCUCUAAUCCCUGACCUUUGACCUCCACUAUGGGCAGUGUUGGCAGUGGGGUGGCAGGAGAGCAGGAGUUUGCCAUGAAGUCCGUGGGCACCAGGACCACCCUGCCCCGAGCCCCUCCUCUCUCUCGCCGUUGCCCUGCAGACCGCAGCUGCAGCGCCGAGCGACUGCCCCGCCCUCCGGCGACUAUUUCGGAUGGAACGGCAUCAAGCGAUGAGCGAGGCAGUGUUAGUAUUGGGACUGGGACCUGCACUGGGACUGACCGGCCAACAGAGACAGCCUCCUCAACCCACACUGAAUGUACCAUGACCGCCCCCUCCAAUAACAACCAGUUGGACUGUGGGAACGUAGCUGUGAGGAGGGAGAGGGAAUGGGAGAGGGAGAGGCAGCGCGAGAGGGGCAGGGAUCGGGACCGGGAUCGAGACUGGGACCGGGAGAGGCUGGAGAGGGAGCGCGAGAGGGAGAGAAACCGGGAGAGGGAACGGGAGAGGGUGGAAAGGGAGAGGCUGGAACGGGAGAGGGAGCGGGAGAGGGAGCGAGCCAGGGAGAGGGAGAGAGAGAGAAUAGAGAGGGAGAAGAUAGAGAGGGAGAGGGAGAGAGAGAGGGAGAGAGAGAGGGAGAGAGAAAGAGAGAGGCUGGAGAACGAGAGGAUGGAGAGAGAGAGGGAGAGGGAGAUGCAGAUGCAGGCGGCAGGUCUGGAUGUUUGUGGAAACAUUGUGGGUCGAGGAGUCAGCGAGAAGACCAGUGUGGGCAUGAACCACCACCAGCACAGAGAGAUGGUUGCUACCAGAGCCGACAAUGAAAACAAUCCAGUCAGCCACAACCCACCCAAGAUCAUGGCCGUGUCAGGAAAACUGGAGCAGGCUAUGCAGAGCACCUCAGGCCUCGUCCGUCCCUCUGCCUUCAAGCCGGUGGUUCCCAAAAGCUUUCACUCCAUGCAAAAUCUGGUGGGCCAGGCAGGAGGGGCCGGGAGUGAGGGAAAGACUGACACCAGGGGCGAGGGCUUCUCUGAGGGCAGAGUAGGCAGGAGGGGCAGGGAUGCAGGAGUAGGGGAGACAGGUGAGGUGCCAGAGGCUCUGCUCCUGGACCAAGACAGUCCAGUUAGGGUGAGUAGAAGCGAUGGAGGGGGAAAUGGUACUGAAGUAGUUCAGGGAGGAAUGUCAGAUUCAGGGAGAAACUCCCUGACUAGUCUGCCCACCUACACAGGCUCGGGGUCUGGUUGUGGGCCCCCAGCAGUCUUAGGGCCCCUCAGUGCUUCUACCAGCCACAUUAACAGGUUGGGCAUGGCGGGGGCAGCUGCAGGUCUGGACAAACUGGAAAAGCCCACCUACCAGAAUGGGCUGAGCGCCUCAGACAGCGGUCGGUCCUCCUCAGGGAAGAGUUCUUCAUCCUAUCAGAGGCUCAGCCACCUGAGCGACGCCCCAGCUCCUCUACGACCCUCCCCCUCCUCUGAUGACAUCAUCCAGGACCUCGAAGACCGGCUGUGGGAGAAAGAGCAAGAGGUGCAGCACAUGCGCAGAAACCUGGACCAAAGUGAGGCAGCCAUCAUUCAGGUGUUUGAAGAGAAGCAGCGUGUUUGGGAGAGACAGAUGGACGAGCUGAGACAGAACUAUGCUUCACGUCUGCAGCAGGUUACCCGCCGGGCUCAGCGCUCCCAGACCGCCCUGCAGGCCCAGAUAACGCGUCUGUCCCAGGACAAGAGGAGACUCCAGGAGGAGAUGGCAGCUCUGCUGGCUCAGAGGGAGGAGCUGGAGAGAAAGUGUCUGGAUUACAGGAAAGAACAAGCUGACAUCUUGCCUCGUCUGGAAGAGACCAAGUGGGAGGUGUGUCAGAAAGCAGGUGAGAUCUCCUUGCUGAAGCAGCAGCUCCGGGAAAGCCAGGCUGAAGUGACCCAGCGGGCCGGAGAGAUGGUGGCCCUGAGGGGCCAGCUGAAGGAGCUCAAUGCCCAGCUGAGGGAGCGAGAGGAGGUCAUGCUGGGCCUGAAGGACUCCUACAGCACAAAGUGUCUGGAACUGGAGAAGUGUGAAGGCGAGCUGAGAAGGACGCUGUCUGAGGUGUCCAUCCUAAGAGAGAAGCUGGGUGUGUUUGAGGCAGAGGUACUAAGUUUAAAGCGUGCCCUCAGUGAAGCAAGCAGGGGGGCAGAAGUGAUUGUGAGCCCUAACUUAGCUGCAGCAGGGCUGCUGCCACCAUGGGGAACUGUCCACUGCCCCCGAAACCCAACCGAGCCCUCCACCAACUCACUCACCCCCACAUCUGACACGCUGCUCAGCCUGCAAAGUGACGAAGCUAAAGCUCAAAGGCAGGAAGCCCAGAGACAGGAGAGGCAGCAGCGUGAGGAAGCUCAGUGGCGAGAUGUGCAGCACCGACAGGAUACCCAUAUGCAACAGGACAUUCAGAUGGGUCAGAACCCACAGAUCAGACCAGAGGCCCAACUCCGCCAGGAGGCCCAGCUCCGGCAGGAGGCUCACCUCCGCCACGAGGCCCAAAUCCGUCAAGAAGCUCAAAUACGCCAAGAAGUGCACAUGCGACAGGAAGCGCAGCUUCGCCAGGAGGCCCAGCUCCGCCACGAGGCUCAAAUGCGUCAGGAGGCCCAACUCCGUCAUGACUCCCAACUCUGCCAGGACAUGCAAAUCCGUCAGGAUGCUCAUCAGCCACAGCGGGCUCAGGAGGGUCACUGGGAUGAAGCGGGGGAGCUGCGCAGGCAGCUUGAGCAGCUACAGUCUGUACUACGCCUGGAACGCCAGCAGCGGGAACGUCAGGCCCUCAACUUUGACCAGGAACGGCACACCUGGCAGGAUGAGAAGGAACGGGUUUUGAAAUAUCAGGCACAGCUGCAGCUCAGCUACGUGGAGACUCUACAGAAAAACCAAGCUUUGGAAAAAAGAAUGAGCCAGUUGGGAGGCAAACAAACCACAGGCUCCACCACCACUGUUAGUACUACCACCACCACAUCCCCCACCUCCUCCAACUCUCCACCACCAGCCAUGUCACCUUUGUCUCCUCAGCAGCCCCCUUCCUUCUCUAGUCCUUCUUCUCUUUCUGGUCCUUCUUCUCUUUCUGGUCCUUCAUCCCUUUCUGGUCCCGCUUCCCACUCUGGUCCUCCAUUUCUGUCUGGCCCACCAUCCCUCUCUGGUCCACUGUCCCUCACUGGUCCACCAUCCCUCUCUGGUCCACCGUCCCUCUCUGGUCCAUCGUCCCUCUCUGGUCCACCAUCCCUCUCUGGUCCACCAUCCCUCUCUGGUCCUCCUUCCAUCUCUAGUCCUCCGUCAAUCUCUGGUCCCAUCGCUCUCACCCUCUCCCCUCCCUGUGAAGACCAAAAGGGUCCUCCAUCACUCCACCAGCUCGCCCCUCCCUGGGCCGGACCUUCACGCCUGGAGAGGAUAGAGUCAACAGAGAUAUAGACACAGCUUUGUGAAGUCAGUUCUCUCUUUUUUUCUAAACUUAAGGUGGCAAGACCUCUUACACAAAACCCUGUUUCAGCAUACAGUAGAAAACAAGGUCUACCACAAUCUGAAACACUUUUUCAAAGCAACAAAACUAUCAGGAAACAAACACAAUAUCAACAGGAAGAAGAACUGCAAUCUUCAUUAUUGCUGAAUUUUUACCCUCCUAAGAGGCCUUUCUGUCUCUUUUAGUGGUGCACACCGAUACAUGUUACAUGAUCAGAAACGUGCACCACGGUGAUGUAUGGAAAACAUUAAAAAACCAAGGAAAAAGAGUUCAAAUCACAGCACUAAUACCUGCAUCAUUUAAUGCCCAUGCGAGAAAAUUAACCAGACAAUCAGGGAUAUUGUCGGAAAUGAUCAACAAGAAUAUAUUGUGCUGUUUAUUCAUUGUAAGUCUGUGUCACUGGUUAUGUAAAAGUAGAAUUAGUGGUCAGAGUGUGUGACGUCAACUUACAUUUUUGGCCAGAGAGCGCCUUACCCCAUCUUUCUCAGCAAGUGUAAGAGAGUGAACUAAUGCUGGGAAUCGAAAAAAGAAAAAGAGAGAAAGGGCGUUUAUUUAUUUGAGUGCUUUAAUAGUGAUAUCAGCAAACCAGCUGCGCAAGACUAUUAUACAGGGCUGGACUGUUCUCUGUUUAAAUCUCAGCAGAUGUUGACCUCAAAGGUCAUUUACACACACACACUGAUUCUUCAUGCACAGGGUCCAAUAUGACCCAUUAAAACACGAAAAACCAAGAGAAUUUAUAUUUUCUACUAAUUAAAUUUAAAUACAAUUGCUUCGCAGAUAAUCAGCCCAAACCAAGUAUAGAUUGCAUUUUUACACGUAAGAGAACGUGGAUCAGCUCUCACUUCAGAUUCUCUUCCGUGACUAAAAUGGAACGCUACAGGUCGCCGGAGCACGUUUCCAGCUGAACUCCAUCACUGAACUGCAAGAACGUGAAUGUACGCGCACAGUUGGAGUUUGAAUAUUAUGAUAAUUGUGUCUUUGUGCAUUCACAGCCAAGAAACUAGACAGUCAGGCAGUCGGUACCCCCAAAGUGAAGAAUUUUAUAGAAUGUAUGAUAUACUUGCGAAAGAAAUACCUAUAAUAGUUAUAGAUUGUAAAUGUGCGGGUGUCAGAAAGUGUGAAAGAGAGUGUGUGCAUGUGUGUAUACAUAUGAAAAGCUUCAGCUUAUGAGAUUGAAGAUAGAGGGACUAGUGGCAAUAUUAAUAUAGAGAUAUGCUAAGAGAAAAGAUGCAUUCCUUAUACAAAAUGUUCUUAGACAUUGUGUAAAAUGCAAAUGAAAACAAAAUGCAAUGAUUUGCAAAUCUCAAGAGGAUAAAAAGAGCUUAUUUUAUAUGAUGGCGAGGCUCAACCUCAUUGGCCGGUCACUCAGAGGGAGCUUGGAGAAGAACAGCUGUCGACUAGGCAUAUGAAUAGGCUUUCUUCUGGGCACCUUGUUUUGGAGGAUUUAUAGUUAAGUUCUCCUAUGAGGAGACUCCAGGGCAGAUCCAGGACUUACUGGCAUUGAAUGGGCUGUAGUGUCUCAAGCGUAGAAAGAUGAUUAAGUUUCGUUGUUGGACCUGUUACAUGAGCAGCUUGAUCUUAGAUCAGUGGUAUCAGAUCAGUAAUCAUAAAGGAUUAAUAUAAAGGACAAUCAUUUAUACUUUAGUUGUAUUUUUUCACAACCUGACACAGGAAACAUGCUGAAUAUGGAAGCUAAUAAAUUGCCAAAAUGGCACAACCCCAUAAAUUAGACUAUAGAGGAGAUUAAUAUCCCAUCUUCAGCUCCUGAUGACUCACCUAUUUUGAUCUAAAACCUCCAUGCUAGUAUUUUUAUGACAGUGUUGCCUUCAGAACAUUCCUUCAAGCUUUUCAUAUUAGUCUGAUAACAAUCAACUAGUUGCAACAGAUCUGCAGGCCACAAAAACAUAACAGGAAUUGCAUGAUCCACCACAUCUCAAAUUGGUUUUUAUCGGGAUCUGGGUGACUGUGAAGGUCGCAGGACUAUGUUGAACUGACUAUCAUGUUCAAGAGAUCCAAUGAGAUGACCUAAGAUUUGUGGCAGUGUGAAUAAACCUGCAGGGGCAUUCAUCAUAAGAUAGGCGCACAGUUUGUUCAUAAAAGGUUUGAUCUGCCCACGAACAACAAAAAUCUCUGGUCUACAGCUCCACUGCCAGGCUGAACAAUUGAUAAGUACCAGGAGGAUUGCCUCUUUUAAUGACUCUAAAAUUUAAAGAUUCCCCCUGAAACUAGUUGAUAUGAUCCAGGAAACAAUAUUCUGAUCUUUUACUGUCCAGUUUUGGUGCGCCUGUGUAAAUCAUAGCCUCUGUUUUUUGUUCUUAAUUUAAAGGAAUAGCUCCCACUCUGGUGCCCUGCUUCUGUAGCCAGGCUGCUUCAAGGUUCGCCUUUUGCGUGUUUAGAAGUGGCAUUCCACAUUUCUUGGUCAAUUCAGACUGUUAAUAAUUUUGUAUGCAAAAAUAUGGCUUGCUGGAUUUUUUUUUUAUCCUCAUCUUAUGUUAACCCACCAGAAUGUUCAUAGUGAAAUUCUCAUUAAGUCAAUAAUUAAGUAGAUACACCAGCUCUUUUGGUAACAAAUCCUCAAAAUUACUUAAAUCCCUUUUACGCUUCAUUAUGUUUAGAUCCUUGAAGGAAUUGAUUUUGCUACCAUGUGAUUGCUGUAUUUGCUUGUUGUGGCAGCAAGUAUUUCAGCCUGGUGAGUGCCAGUUUGUUCCAGAGGCAGGCCUUGGAACAGUUAGCUGGAAACAAGCGAGGAAAGUAUGAUUUAGCUUCCAUUGUUUCCAAAGGAAAAAUGUCAGCCUCAGCCUUUUCUAAAUAAUCAUUGAGCCAUGGAGGACUGUGGCAUGUCCAGAUGAAGCUAGUAUGUAGAUUUUUCUUUUGCUUUACUCCAAAGAUUACAUUCAUCAAUGAUUGACUCUCUUUAGCCUGAGUGGACUCUACAAUAUACAUCCGGAUAUAUGUGUUUUGUGGCUAAAGAUUAUAGAGAGAUAAGAAGACUCCUGGUAUUGGUAGAUGGAAAAAAUGUUGGCUAACUAUAAUCGAUUUAAUGCACACAAUUUAAAGCAAUGGCUUUGUGAUUUAGAAAAUAAAGAAAAUCAGAAACCAAUCAGCCUUAAAACCGGUUUUAAUAUUUACAUCAGGAACUAAAAACUCAGUUGUAACUAUCAGGGUGGCCCAGUUCUUAACCUUCCUGGUAGAGUUUACUGGUCAAAACCACAGAUACAAGAGAAGCAGGGUGAAUGUCAUCCUGGCCACAGAAGAAUAGACAUUUGGUUGUCCAUUGCACAUUUGUUUUGCACAUCCAAAAAAAGGUUUCCCAGCAGGCAUUUAUUGCUCUUAAGAACUUUCCAGCCCUUUUGUAACCAAAGCAAGACACUUGCUCGUGUUAGGAGAACAGAUGAAGUAAUGUUCAGUCCAUGACCCUCAGCACCCACUGGUUCGUGAACCCUUCAGGAUAGGGGUCAGUGUAUGCUUCAUGCUGGACACUUUAAAGAACCUGGUGUCUUGUUCAUGAUUGGCAAUCAGGUGGACUACAGCUUUGGCUGGUUGUGAAGACAGACUUUAGGUAAAACAUGAAUCCCUUGAUUUGGUUCCACUCAUUUCCUUUAAUUUUAACAAAUGAGUCCAGAUAGAAGGAAUGAGAUAUUGGGUAAAGAUGGCUGAAAUGUGCUUCGUCUAUAGGUUCACCACAGAGGAUAGAGGGAGGAGAGAUGUCCGCAUCUCCAUCGCAGAGCUGUUACCUUAAAUACUUGAUCUAAAAUAAGAGGGAAGAUGAUGGAUGGUUAACAGUCACCAGUGUUUUCUGUUAUAUUGUGAAUAAAAUAUAGGUUUAGAAGAUUUUCUAAUCAUUGCAUUGUUGUUUUAUUUACAUUUAACACAAUGUUGCAACUUCUUUGAAUUUGGGUUGUAUAAUUUAAAAGCUACAUAAAGCUUGUGGGACUGGAACUUUAAACUGAGGGUGAGUAUAUAUAUCUAGUAAGGCUCUUACUUGCUUUUGUAUAAUUUGCAUAGACAAAAGCAGAGGGCAAGGAAGUAAAAAAAAAACAGUAAAAUUGAGAGGUUUGCCUUUUAAAGGAGAGUAUUCAGGCUAACUGCACUAUGUAGUGUCCUACACGAGUUAUGAUGUACAGUAGAGUCAGAUGUGGAUAUCAUGGCUUUUAUAACUGUUGUUUAUGCCAGCAUAAAAAAAAAAUGUUGCUCAAGAAUAUUAACUUAUCUCUAAGGUAUUACAUAGUAUUAUCAUCUUUAUUACUGUUAUUAUAUUAUGGUGAAUUGAAAGAUGAAAAAAGUGCGUGCCAUCUUAGCUUUUCUUUCUGUGUUUUUUUUUUUUUUUUAAAUGUGUAGCGAGCCGAUAGGCUGACCAUAAUGGUGCAAUCAUAGCAACCUUGUCCAAAAAAUGAAAAAAUAACAAUGUUCCUUUUGAUGUAGGUGAUGUAGUUGCAGUAUUGCAUUGUUUAGAAAGCAAAAUGCUUCUGGUUUUAUACAUGUUUCAAAACUUUAUUGUUUGCAUUUAUGUUAGUAGUACUGCUCUGGCUUGAUUAAAACCAUUCAUUUGUUCAGAUUCAACAAAACUAAU